UUAUAUAUAUAAUAUCAUUCAUCCCUUUCAAGCGUCAUGUAGAAUACUGUAGAAUACUGAUAGAUAAAAGAAAUUUUUUAUAUUUUACAUAAUAUAAUCUAAUAUAAUUUGGUACAUUCUGAUAAAAUAAAAACACUUAGCAAUUUGUUUUUCAGAUAUUAAGAAGGAAAACUGAGUAGCCCUCGAAAGGGUAAAUUUGUUCAAAAUGUCGGCCUUAGAAGGAGCAGAGGCAGAGAAAGGGGAACCUGAGAAACCCAAAGAAUGUGUCUGUACAUUGAAACUUGGAAUAUGCAGUCCUUUUAUUGGAUUCAAUCCUAGCAGUACCGAAGAAGAUCCUUUGUUCCAAGUGCUUUCAUCGAAAUUAACAGAAAAAUUAAAAAUGGCCAUGGAAGAGUUUGAUUCAUUUCCACAUGGAGUCAUAGCUAUGCCCCCGGACCACGCACCAUACAUUGCUAGAAAAAAGGAUCCUUAUGAAACCAAGAACCAGGACAGCUCACCAGAAUUGGAUAAAAAACCUGAUGAAUCCGAUCUGGCUGGUUUUUAUGCUGAAGAUUUACUCUAUGGAACGGUUUUAGCUGAAAUAAAGAAGUUAGAUGAUUCAUCAGAUGAAAAAGCAUUCGUCAUGAAGGGUUAUAAGUCCAGUACUUUUAUCCCACGCUUGCGAGAUAUAGCAAACAAAGAGGCCAAGGCAAGGGGUAAUGAUCUGCCAGUGGAGCUGACAGAUAUAGAAAAAUUAGUGAAUCUUGAUCUUAAACCCCUGGAUGACUAUAUAGCAAAGAAGAGGAAUGGAGAAGAUGUCAGAUUAAACAAGCAGUUUGAAAAGUUCAUAAAAACCCAUGGAUUGGAACCUGACGUUCGCUCGAAAUUCAAAUUCAUGAGAGAUCAUAUGAAAAAUGGGAUAUCAGACGCAGAAGUAGAUACCUUGAUUGUUCUCCCAUUGCGUAAGCUGCUAAUUGUUAUUGAAACUAAAGCAGCAACAGAGGAUACAAAUUUCCCCAGCAAACUCAAGGAAGGAUCACAGCAGUGUGAAAAAUUCCACCAGUACUUAAAAGCUGCACACUGGAAUAUCCUGUCUGAACAAUGGAAAUUAGUGAAAUGUGUUUCAUUCCCAUUAAUAUUCAACCUAGAAGAGGAGAAAAAUCAGGAGAAAAUAAGACGACCGAACUGCGGAUGCUGUCAGAACUGUCAAGAAUUCAUUAUCGACGGAAGGAAACUGAAAAACAUGGGGGCCUGGUUGAGAAAUGUUUUGGACAGAUUUCCACCAAAACAUGAUAUAUACCAUGAGUACACCAAUCUUAUCACCAGAAUACUUGGCUUUACUAUGUACAAGAAGAACCCAAGCCCAUGGAGUUUAACACUAACAGAGAACCGAAAGGUCAAUGACUACGCAAUUACUGGAAGUGAAUCAGGACUUUCUAGUGAAGCACCUGAAAGUUGGAUCUGGUUGAGAAAGGGGCAACUUGAAGCUUUGAGUUGUUUGCGUGUUAUUUUCUCUGCUGAUUACGGGACUGGGAAGACGCUUUUACUGAAGAAAAAAGCCCUGGAGUUAAGUGACAAGGCUGCCAAUCAAGAAAUAGGGGCAUUUGGUCAAAAGGUUCUUUUCAUCUCCCUAGCAGCACUAGCAGAUAAAUAUAAAUAUGCAACAGAGGCUAAAUUUGAAGAACACUGGAGAAAUGAGACAAUAUUAGAUCUCUGCAAUAAACUUGAUUUUGAUGAUCAAGUGAAAAAAGAAACAAUGAAGGUGUGUGGAUUGAGUGAUCUGGUAGAAGAGUAUGAAAAAUCAGGAAA